AUGGAAAGUUACAGAAGAUCUCCAUUGAAGCCAUGGAAGAAAGGCCCAACUCGAGGCAAAGGCGGCCCCCAGAAUGCUUCAUGCCAAUACCGUGGAGUCAGGCAGAGAACAUGGGGUAAGUGGGUGGCUGAAAUAAGAGAACCCAAGAAGAGAACUAGACUCUGGUUGGGUUCUUUUGCAACAGCUGAAGAAGCUGCCAUGGCCUAUGAUGAGGCUGCGAGGCGAUUGUAUGGUCCAGAUGCUUACCUCAAUCUUCCACACCUUCAACCCAACUCCAAUCCUCCAAACAAACUGCAGAAGUUCAAAUGGAUUCCUUCCAAGAACUUCAUCUCAAUGUUUCCCUCUUGUGGAUUGCUUAACAUAAAUGCUCAACCUAGUGUUCAUGUUAUUCAUCAGAGGCUCCAAGAACUUAAGAAGAAUGGGGUUUUAAAUCAGACUGGUUCUUCUAGCUCAUCUUCCUGUGAAUCAAAAACUGACAUUCAGAUUAUAAACGAUGAAACCCCCGCAGAUGAUCCUCAAAUGAAGGAGAAGGAUGUUGAAAUUUCAUCAGAGAAAAUGACGGGAGCUUAUGAGGAUAAACCACAGAUUGAUCUACAUGAGUUCCUUCAGCAACUAGGAAUACUGAGAGAAGAAAAGCAGUCUGAAGGAGCUGAAACUACAGAGAGUUUAACAGCAACAGAUUCUUCAAUAAAAGAUUAUGAUGAAGUAGCUGUCUUUGCAGAGAAUAGCUUCAAUUGGGAUGCUAUGAUCGAGAUGCAUGGAGUUGCUGAUUACCAAGGAGCAGAGGCCAGCUUCCAAGUUCAUGAUACUCAAGAAGAGCUUACGUUUCCUACUUCUAUUUGGAAUUUCUAA